GAUGCUCCUUCAGCUUGGGCUAAUAGGUGGUAACCUAGGCCCGUUAUGCACAGCCCUAUUUGGGUGUUGGGCCUAUGCACAGCCCUGUUUGGGCGUUGGGCCUAUUCCAACAUUACUCCCCCCCCCGGUGUUCGGUUGACGAACUGGGAUGGAUGUGGUGUUGGGCCGAUUGGCGUUGGGCCUAUUCCAAACGGCUUUAACAGUUUGCGGCCGACUUCGACGAGGGCCGAGCUGAAAGGUAAAACGAAAAGAGGCGAGCUCGCGAGCCUGAAAGCGUGUAGGCGAGCUGGUAUCCAUAGCCACAUUAGUGCGGGCUUGUUAUGGCAGCAAGCUGAAGCGAUUCGCAACAGACGAGCUCGCACAGGGACCAGCCAUGUAUAUAACGCCAUUUCAGCUCGUCCAUGUGGCGACCUGACCCCUGACUACUACCGAACUAGAGCCGGCGCACGCUAUGCAGAAGGGGCGUUAAGCGCCUGCCACGUGUGGGACGCUAGUUGCAAAACGCUCCAGCUUGAAGAACAGUACGCCGAAUCAACUUCGCAUCAUUCUCAGGAUGUGCCGAAAACAAUGGCGUCUGAGAGCAGCACCAGUUCCGACGCCAGCGACAACGGUGGCGACCACCCUAGUGCGCCGUCAAGCAGCUCGUCCUCGGAGGGGACACCAGGUCGUGAGGAAGGGGCAGGGGAUGUAGUGAGCCAUGUCUCAGAUCAGCCUGUAAUGGGAGAAUGGGAAAGCAGAACCAUCACGGGCAGGUUGAGCAAUCUGCGAAAGGCGCCCAAGGACCUGCCCAUUGGAUUUAGGUUCCGGGCCGCCCUACAUCAUGAGGUAGCGGAUUGUGCGCCCUCAAUAAGUGGAUAUAGGAGAUUGGAGGAGAUGGUGAGGGCGCACCACAUCCCCAGAACAAUCCUGCUCCAGACUGGAGCCAAGAGCGAGAGGGCGUGCAUGUAUCACAGACAGGCUGGAUACCCGUCUGACGCCCAACAGCAUAAGGUUCAUAAUAGGCUUUAUGCUGUUGUGUGCGAGGUUGGAGGUACCGGCCAAGGCGAUCGUGUUCAGGUCGCUGUUUCAAUGCCGGCUGUGUCCCAACUCUCGAGGCGCGAAGUGGUAAUACCUUUUCGGGAGAGACAAGAGCUAGUUGUUCAAGAAUGUCCGGAACAAAGUGGCGAGGUGGAAGAGGCAAUUCAUAUUUGUUCGCGACACGCGAACAGAGAGGAUAAGCAACGACCUUGCUGCCCGGCUGUCGGCGUGGCGUGUUCCCAAUGCACACGUCAACUACCCUCAACUACUGCCACGGGACAUAGACCUCAAAAAUCAGCUGCUGGACUAUGCGAGGAGGGAGAAUCUGAUAGAUCUGGACGCCCUGGUUACCUCGGAGCAGCUCGCCGUGUUCGAGUUUGUCGACGAGAAAUGAGUAGCAUCUUGGAACGCCAACGACAGCAAGCCCAAAGCUCACGAGGUCGCGCGUCGGGCAGCGCACAACCCAGGCAAACAUGGUUUGACGAGCGGCCACCCCCAGCGCCUCAAUCACGCGGCUCGUCACACCGGGGAUCCAGCUCGGCAUCAAGGCCACGAGCAGAGCACAGGGCUGAGGUUGCAACUCCGAGUGCACGUAGACGUGCACGCGAGGAGAUAGAGAGCGAGGAAGAUGAGGUCCCACUUGCUCGGCGCAGAACAAGCGGGGGGACCCAGCCCGCGCAGGUGGCCCGUCCUGCAACCGUUCGUUCACCGAACGCGCCGUCAGUGACUGUGCGGGCAACAGUAGAGCCCGCCUCUGCAUCGACCUCGAUGUCGGGCCCCAGGAUUGCUUAUCCUGAGGGCUUCAACUAUGUGCGGGCGGAGUGCCAGCCCGCCAUGGUGCAAGGCACGCACAGCUUUGUGCCCCCCGCGGAUAGUAAGCGGGCAAAAGCUUUUGUGCACCAGCAUGGCGGGCAGGUCGCCAUGAUCAAACUAAUGGAUGCAUUCAGCUACGCUGUAGCGCUGUACGAGAGCGAGCAGGGGGCUCGUACAGAGAACAGCGAGCUCGGUUCAAAGUUCAAACAGCUGGCUGCGGAGAAGGCUAGCCUUGUGGACAAUGUGAAUCCUCUGCAAGGCUCCGAAAUGGCGAACCGAGCUGCAGCUGUAGAGAGCUGGGCGGAUGAGCUCGCUACUAGAAACAACGAGCUCAGGGAGGAGCUGGAGCGCGCCCGUGCUGAAAGGGAGAGCGGGAUUCAGGCAGCUAAGGAGGAAGCCACCCAGGUUGAGGAACGGGCCAAAAAGGCUGAGACCGACAGGGACCACACUCAGCACGAGCUGAACUCCUUAAGGAAUCAGGUCGCUGAAGCUGCCCGGAACUUGAACGCAGCUGAAGAGGCCUUGAAUGAGCUGAAGGCCACUCACGGGCUCUCUAUCUCCAUGGCGCGUGCUCAGGGCGCAGAAUGGCGAUGGGUGCUGCACCACCGCCCAGAUUUUCCAAUCCGCGAGCUGGUGUUCUUUGACGAGGAGGAGCUUGAUGAACAGGGUAAGAGCCUUGCUCCCCUCACUGACACAACUGUGAGGCUGAGAUGGGACUUGAACGAGGAGGGUGUGUCCGUAUGGCCGACGUCCUUGCUAGAGGACGGGGAGGAUCUAGCAGGGCUGCCCUCGUUUGACGCGUGGGUCGAAGGUGUUCCUGUUGCUGAGCAGGAGCCGUCAAGCACGCCACCCAACUCUCAGCCCGCUAUGGUGCUAGCCAGCUCGCCCAUCAGCGCACCAGCCUCUGAGCCCGCAGCCCAAACUCCUCCAACGCGCUUUCCUGCAGCUGCUGCUGAUGCAUCCAUGCCCGUUGAUCUGACGGAUGACUAGAUUUAGGGUUUUUUUCUUUUGAUCUUUUGUAUUUCGCUUUUGCAUUUUUGUAUCUAAUCAAUGGAUUCAUUUCAU